CAAGUGUCGGCAAAUAUCUAAAUAUAUGUUCUAAAAGACCUGAAGUCCCAAGUUUUUAUAUAUAAAUCAUCAUGAUUAUGAAGAUAUCUAUGGCCAUGUGCAAACAGCCAUUGCCUCCUUCGACGGCGUUAAACUUCCCCCCGGCAAACUUUGGUCCUAAUAUGCUAACUCUAAGCCCAUCCGGUCCAAAGGAUAAAGUCGUGGUCAUCAUGGGUGCUACCGGAACAGGCAAGUCACGUCUCUCCGUUGAUCUAGCCACUCGUUUUCCAGCAGAGAUCAUAAACUCCGACAAGAUCCAAGUUCACCAAGGCCUUGACAUUGUCACUAACAAGAUCACGACCGAGGAGAGUUGCGGGGUACCGCACCAUCUCCUAGGUGUCUUGCCUCCUGAAGCUGACUUAACCGCUGUAAACUACCGUCACAUGGCGAAUCUCUCUGUUGAAAGCAUCCUUAGUCGUGGAAAGCUUCCAAUCAUCGUUGGAGGUUCCAACUCUUACGUUGAGGCUUUAGUCGACGACGAAGACUACAACUUCAGGUCGAGAUACGAUUGCUGUUUUCUAUGGGUUGACGUGGCACUUCCCGUUUUGCACGGAUUCGUGUAUGAGAGAGUUGAUAAGAUGGUGGCAAAUGGAAUGGUUGAAGAAGUUAGAGACUUUGUUGAUCAUUCGGAUUCUGAUUACUCGAGAGGAAUCAAGAAAGCAAUCGGGGUCCCAGAGUUCGACAACUUUUUCAGGAAUGAGCCGUUCUUAAACAUGAGAGACAGAGAAGAGUUGUUGAGUAAAGUGGUAGAUGACAUAAAGAGAAACACCUUUGGAUUAGCUUGCAAACAGAGAAAUAAAAUAGAACGGUUGAGAAAGAUCAAGAAAUGGUGUAUUCAGAGACUGGAUGCGACUCCGGUUUUCACAAGGCGUAGGUCAAAGGUGGAUGCUGACGUUGCGUGGGAGAGGCUGGUGGCUGGACCAAGCACCGACGCUGUGUCACGGUUCCUGCUCGACUUUGCCAGUCCUCGACCACUAGUGGAAGCAUUAACCGCGGUGGCUAGGGAACGUGAGAUGUCGCGGUGCCUAAUGGUGUAAUAAUCGGCUAUAACCACAUAAAGAUAACGUUGGGAUCUUGGAAAAUGUGGUGAUAUAUGCCCAAGUCAUUUUGGUAUUGAUAGUGUUGCAAUGGUCAGCCAUAUUCAAGACUAUGAUGAGUGGAGAGAUAUUAGAAAAUAAAGUUAUAUUCACGGCUAUACAUCGUAUAGUAAGUAAUUAAGUAUUGUGAGAUACUGAAGUUUUGGCAUAACGAUUAUUCAGUAUUAUCAUCUACUUUUUUUUUGGUUGCAAGUGUGACUGUGAGUGGAAUGCUAUAAUUGGAAAUGAGACUUGCUUGCCUUCUUAACUAUUUGAUUUUAAUAACACAACGACUAUACUGAGUGGGGCUUAAAGUUGGAAAUUUUU